AUGAAAAACAUGAUACGCCCUUGUUUUCACAAGCUGAUUCUUUCCUCUACUCUCCAAGCCAAACAGCUGAUGAUCCCAGAAAAUUUUGUCAAGAAAUUCAGAGACGAUCUAUCCACUGUUGCUACGCUGAGUGUUCCAGAUGGUAAUGUUUGGCGUGUAUUAAUAAAGAAGGCUGACAACAAGUUUUGGUUUCAUGAUGGCUGGCAGGAAUUCAUUGAACGUUAUUCAAUCCGUGUCGGAUACUUUUUAACCUUCCGAUAUGAAGGACAUUCGUCUUUCACUGUUCAUAUAUUUAAUUUGACCACUGCUGAGAUUAACUAUCAACCUAAUGCUCUCAGUAGUACUGGAGGGUCUGUUUACAGACAUCAAGUAUUUGAAGAAAUGGAAGACGAUGACUCUGUCGAAAUCUUGGGUUCCUCCCCCAAAUCCAUUGUUACUGAUUCAUUGAGAGACAAGCUCUUUGGCGACUGUGCUAAUCAACCGAUCCCUGGAAAAGAUUAUAAUCCUCCAGCUCUGCAGAAUUUGUUUAAUGGCUCCAAACCUAAGAAUUGCACGAAUUGGCCUGAUGCAGGGAACCCGCAUCCAUCAAAGGGUUCUGGUCUACAAGCAGGUGAAGAUAUACGAAGCAUGAAGAAGACUAUGAGAAAAAAACGAAAACUUGAUCCUACUGUGCAGGAGUCUUCUUCUCAACAUGAAAAAGAAGUUGAAAUACGCUUUAGAUUUUAUGAAAGUGCAUCUGCAAGGAAGAGAACUGUGACAGCUGAAGAAAGAGAAAGGGCUAUUAAUGCAGCCAAAACGUUUGAGCCAGUUAAUCCUUUUUGCAGGGUUGUCCUUCGACCAUCCUAUCUAUAUAGGGGUUGCAUAAUGUAUUUGCCAUCCUGCUUUGCCGAAAAGAAUUUAAAUGGAGUUUCGGGAUUCAUCAAACUUCAAUCCUCUGAUGGUAGACAGUGGCCGGUUCGAUGCCUUUACAGAGGAGGUAGAGCAAAAUUAAGCCAGGGAUGGUAUGAGUUUACGCUGGAGAACAAUUUGGGAGAGGGAGAUGUUUGUGUCUUCGAGUUGCUCAAGAUAAAGGAGGUUGUGCUGAAAGUUACUGUAUUUUGUGUCGUCGAAGCUGCAGGAUUUGUGAACCAACCUCCACAGCAAAAUGCCAGCCAAGCUAAAAUGAUUAGAAAUUAG